AUGGCGUCUGGCCUGCCGCCAGACUUCCCUCCACCAUCCCCGACUCCUCCCCUUCUCGUCGAGCCGCCCCCUGAGGACGAAGUCGUCGACCUCGACCUCGCCCUCGACAGCGACUUCGACGUCGACCGCCCCGCUUCGCGUGCCAGCGCCACCAGCAGCAUCGGCAAUUGGAAUGACAUAGGCGGCUUGCUGCUCUCACCGAACAGCGCCUCCCUCCUCAGCCCCGACACGCCACGAAGCAUCCGGCGCCCAGCCAGCAGCAUGUCGACCGAAUCAGCCCUCUCUGAGAAUGGCCUCGUCCCAGCCGCCCCGGCCCCAGGGCCCUUCAACUUCCAGACUCAGUCCAUGUCCACCUCGCCAGUGAGGUCGAACAUCGGUCAGCGCCGUGGCCACAGGUACAAACACUCCUCCAUAAGCACCCAGCACCAGAUCUUUCAGGAGCCACCACCGCGACCGCCGCCCGUCCUCCCCGCCUCCCUCCCCGUGCCGACGCUCAAGGAAGCAUGGGGCUCGAUGCAUAAGGACCAGCGGGUCCGGCUGUACUGGAGUCUCUGCCACGCCUGCGUGGCCGGCUACGUUUUCUUCAGCGCGGGAGGGUCCUUAGCCAUGACGGCGCUCUCGCACCUGGUCUUCUUCGAUGUUGGGUCCGCCGCCAUCUGCGUGUGCGUCGACGUGCUGGGCAACUUCGAGGUGUGGCGGCGCAGCUCCAUCCGGCACCCCUUCGGCCUGCAGCGCGUCGAGGUGCUGGCCGGCUUCGCCAUGAGCGUCUUCCUUGUCUUCGGCGGCUUCGACCUGCUGAGCCACAACUUCAAGCACGUCCUCGAGAGCGUGGGCUCGCACGCGCCGCACCACCCCCACGGCCACGGCCACGGUCAUGGCGGGGACGAGGGCGCUGUUAGUGCCGGCGCGGUCGACGUGGCCACCCUCGCCGCCGUCCUGAGCACCCUUGUAUCGGCGUACGGCCUCAAGAACCACGCUCGCAUCCGCCGCGUCAUGCGGCCCAGCUAUUUCGCGUCCUUCCUGCCCGAGAUCCUCGCCAACCCCUUCCACUCCCUCACGCUCUUCUUCAGCUUCCUCAUGCUGAUGCUGCCCCUGCUGCCGAUGGGGUCCUUCGCCUGGCUCGACAAGCUCAUCUGCGUCGCCAUCGCCGUGUCCAUGUUCGUGCUCGGCAUGCGCCUCGCGGUGGCCCAGGGCCUGAUGCUGCUCAUGUCGUACAGCGGGCGGCAGCACAAAUCCUCCAUCAGCACCUCAUCCUCAGCGGUGGCGGCGACAUUCGGCGUCAGCGGCGCCAAGCAUGGCGGCAACAGCGACGCCGACGAUGUGGUGCGCGAGAUCGAGUCGGAGCCCAACGUGUCGCGCGUCGACGAGGCCCAGUUCUGGCAGGUCCACUACGGCCUGUGCAUGGCCACGCUCAAGCUGUGCGUCGCCCGCGGCUGCGACGACGCCGCCCUGAGCCUGCUGCGCCAGCGCGUCGGCCGCAUCGUACAGAACAGGCUGGGCGAGGGGUACGGCAAGGGAGGGGCGCUCAGGUGGGAGGUUACGUUACAAACGAGUACCGAUGCGACCUGA